GUCAGUUCGACGUCACCACUUCCGCUUUGUAUUCCUCUUCCGUUCUGCUUGCUCUACCCAAAUCAAUCAUCACCUCCACUUCGUUUAUAGAACUUCCCGUCGUGCUGCAACGUAUUUGAGAAUCUCUCACAAUUCUACAUCGCGAGUCCGCUUUCUUGUUGGAGCCCUGACCAUUGAACUUUUAUAUCCUAGAAACUUGAUCCAAGGAAAACAACAGUUGAACCCCCGCCCUAUCGAUCAUCUACGUACGUCCUGGUCAUUUUCCUCGAUUCGCUCAUCAGUCACUGGUCCAGUGUUGGUCACGCGGUACGUUCUCGCCGCCCGGAGACCAUGUUUGGCCGACAUCUUGUGCAAGAGAAGUUCUUCUAAUGAAAAGCCGGCCUCUCGAUCUUCCUUUCUUGGUGCUUAUCCUAUGCCAGCCUUCCGAUAUCAGUGAGUCUUAAUUGGAAAGGGCCGACAGCUUUACAAUCAUUCAGAACAUGCAACUGCUCAUCUACAAGAAUGCAUCUAAUACACCAGCUCGGUCUCUUCCUCCUUCCGUUCACAUCUCACUUCGUUGAGAGAGUCUUCGCAACCCCGUUAGCCGUCCCAAGAGACCCAAUUCAACAACACCCCUUAACUACACUCCACGACUAUGCCCGAGAGACUGAUGGAGGACCUUACGCUCACGACAUCCCACGUCCGCUCCAUCAACAAGGCGGCGGCGUCUCUGUUCCAUUAUUCGCCUCCCUCGAGCGCAUGGCUCGCCUAGUGGACAUCACCUAUUGCGUCGGCACGACCGGCGUUUCCAAGCCCUUCUCGUGCGUAUCCCGUUGCAAAGAUUUCCCUUCGAUGCAGCUCGAGCGGACCUGGAACACGGGCCUGCUGCUCAGCGAUAGCUGCGGAUACAUUGCGGUCGACCACGGCGAGAGGAAGAGGGGCGGGCGGAACGGGGGCGGGACCGUGGUCAUCAGCGAGCCGGCCAUUAUUGUGGCGUUUCGCGGGACGUAUAGCAUCACUAACACGAUUGUUGAUCUGAGCACGGUGCCGCAGGAGUACGUGCCUUAUCCUGCCCCGGAUGAUGAUGAUGAGGAGGAGAGGGAGGAAGAGGAGGAUAACAUUGCGGGUAGGAAUAGGAAUGUGGGAAAAGGAAGAAGCUAUAACAACGAUGGAAAAUGCACCAACUGCACAGUCCACAUGGGCUUCCUUGCCUCCUGGCGUAACGCGCGCGACUACGUCCUUCCCGCCCUCAAAGCCGCCCGCGCCAAACACCCCGACUACCCCGUCCACCUGGUCGGACACAGCCUCGGCGGGGCCGUCGCCGCUCUCGCCGCGUUGGAGUUUCGGCUUUCGCUAGGCUGGCAAGACGUCCAGGUGACGACCUUUGGCGAACCGCGCAUCGGUAACCAAGCCUUAGUGGAUUAUCUGGAUAAGGCCUUUGGUCUUGAUAUUGAAGAGGACAAUGACGCGCACGAAACCAGAGCCUACCGCCGCGUAACCCACGUCAACGAUCCUGUCCCGCUCUUGCCCUUGACAGAAUGGGGAUACCGCUCGCACGCAGGCGAAGUGUAUAUUUCCAAGCUGAACCUGCCGCCUGCUCCCGAGGACCUGCGGUUGUGUCGGGGCGAUAACGAUCCGGAGUGUAUGGCUGGGGCUGAGAACUCGGAUGGCGGCGGAUGGUUUGAUGGUAGUUUGCUGGAGGUGACUGACUUGCUAGCGCUGGCGGCGGCCAAGGGGACUGAUCCCUAUUUUAAACAUCGGGAUUCUGUUGCUGUUGAUGAUGAUGAUGACGGCGACGACGGUAGCGAUGCUGGUGCUGGGAAUGACGGUGUUGGUAUGGGCGGCGAGUCAACUGCAACAGCCCCCACGUCCAAGACAACGAGGCUGUUCCCCACCAGACUCAAGCUCUGGGAGCUCUUCUUCGCACACCGAGAUUACUUUUGGAGACUGGGUUUGUGCGUCCCCGGCGGUGACCCGGCGGAUUGGGGAAGGGAGAAGUAUAACUUGACGCAGACGAAAGACUCUUUUGUGUUUGGUGACGGCGAGCUGUGAAAAUUGCAGUAGGUACAUAUCAUCGCCUGCCUUUUUUUCCUUUCUUGUUUCUAUUUUUUGUUUCGGAAGGCGCGCAUCACAAAAUAUGAAUGACACACAUAUUUGUUUCUAGGGCUACGGAACGUUGUGAGCUAGUGUUUGGGCGUUAACUGGGCUUUGGGAAACUCCUCGAAAGAAACACAAACGUGUUAGGACUCCUGUAGGGUAUUGCAUUAUCAUGACAAAGGCACUUGAAUGAGUUGAUGGCAUACAUUAAGCGUUAGGUAGCAGAAGUUUUUUUUUGGUCUGAACACAAUAUCUCAACGAGUGAACGGGAUAAUAUGAU